AUGGGUUUUGGUAAAUCACUGGAUAUGGGGGAUUAUCUAGCAAUUGGUGCAAUAUUUGCUGCUACAGAUUCUGUCUGCACAUUGCAGGUGCUAAACCAGGAUGAGACACCUUUACUGUACAGUCUUGUAUUUGGCGAGGGUGUUGUGAAUGAUGCUACAUCUGUUGUGCUUUUUAAUGCAAUAAAAAGUUUUGACCUCAACAAAAUUGACCCCAGAAUUGGUUUGCAUUUUAUUGGCAACUUCUUGUAUUUGUUCACCGCAAGCACCCUGCUUGGGGUCUUGGCUGGUCUACUUAGCGCUUACAUUAUUAAAACGCUGUAUAUUGGCAGGCACUCUACAGAUCGUGAGGUUGCUCUUAUGAUGCUAAUGGCAUACCUUUCCUACAUUCUGGCUGAAUUAUGGUAUCUGAGUGGCAUUCUUACUGUAUUCUUCUGUGGGAUUGUUAUGUCUCAUUAUACUUGGCAUAAUGUGACUGAGAGCUCGAGAAUAACUACCAAACAUGCUUUUGCAACUCUCUCAUUUGUUCUUGAAACCUUUAUCUUCCUUUAUGUUGGUAUGGAUGCCUUGGACAUUGAAAAGUGGAGGUUUGUUAGUGAUAGGCCUAAAACAUCUGUCGCUGUGAGUUCAGUAUUAUUGGGUCUAGUACUUGCUGGAAGAGCAGCCUUUGUUUUUCCCCUAUCCUUCUUAUCCAACCUCACUAAAAAGACGCAAAGUGAAAAAAUAAGUUUCAGGGAGCAGGUGAUAAUUUGGUGGGCUGGUCUUAUGAGAGGUGCUGUUUCAAUGGCACUUGCCUACAAUCAGUUCACCUUGUCGGGUCACACUGAACAGCGAACCAAUGCCAUCAUGAUCACCAGCACCAUUACUGUUGUGCUUGUCAGCACAAUGGUGUUUGGUUUGAUGACUAAGCCACUCAUAAGGUUUUUGCUGCCUGUUAAUCCCCUUCCUAAACGCAAAAACAGUAUGGCAAAUAUAGAUUCAUCUAAUAAUUCCCCCAAAUCAAUCACUGUGCCCUUUCUUGGAGGCUCCCAAGAUUCUGAAAACGAAUUUGAUGGCAGUGAAAUUCAUCGUCCAAGCAGUAUUCGUGCCUUACUAACAACUCCAACACAUACCGUUCAUCAACUAUGGCGUAAGUUUGAUAAUUCAUUUAUGCGUCCGGUUUUUGGUGGUAGGGGAUUUGUUCCUGUAGCUCCGAACUCGCCAACCGCUCGCAACAUUAAUCAACAGUGGCAUUAAGAGUGCCCAGAAACUUGUAUUUUUUUAAACUGAAAAUUUUGUGAAGAUCAAGCAACGCAUUUAUAAAACCGCGGUAAGUUUGGUAGAGUUUUUUGGAUAGUGAGAAAGCUUGGUACCAUGGGUUCCAUCAUCC